AUGUAAUCUGGACAGCUCUUGAAUUUGUAAAGGCUCGAAAGAUAAUACUUACAGACACUAUCCUAAAAUGGAUGGGAAUCUCCAGUUGUAGUUAAUGCAGCCGUUGAAUUUGCCAACACUUUGUUAAGAGAUGGAAGAAUCCUAUUAAAAUCAGGUAACAACCCUUAAGCAGAAAUGUUCUUCAAUCGAGCAAAAGAAGUAGAUAAAAAUAUAACCAAAUUUAGAUUACAACUCCAAUUUCAAACACCAGUGGGAUAUUUUAUACACCCAAUUUUGUUCGGGCAAGAGAUUGUCUAAUUGUAUGAGUAACAAAACCAAUACCAAAAGGCGUGGAUGAAUAUCAAAGAAGUAUUGCCCUUUAUGGAGAAGUUUGCUUAUACAAAAAGGAUAAAUAUUAGCGAGGAUGAUCAAAAUGUUUUAAAAAUAUAUGUCUAAUUGCUGUUUCAUGGCUGCGAGGUUUGUAGAAUGAUGCAUAGAAAAGAUGAUAUGUUGGAUCAAUGUAAUAAAUAUGUUGAAAUUUUGCAUCGUUUGGGUAUCACCUUCGACUCUUUGCGUAAUCUUACCAAAGAUGAAUUUCAUUAAGAAUUCAAAAAAUGGUUUUUGUUGUUGGCUAAGGCUUUCUAUUAUAUUGGCAAAUCGCAAUUCAAAGUUGGAUUUGAGAAGGAAGCACUUCGAAAUCUCUAUAAAUCCUGGUAAAUUUUUGAGAUAAUCUAUGGAAUCGAUGCACCUGCUACCAUUAAGGCCAGGGAUAAAUACGAGAAAUUGAGUUAGAAAAUGGAAUUUGAAAUGCUGAUGGAAAAGGAGAAGGUAGACUUUUAAGAAUUCAAGGAUGAUAUCCAAAAGGAUGUCGGAUAAGAACUGCUCAAAAAAGUGGCUACACUUAAACCAAACAAAACAUUUAAUCAUCACAUCAUUCAAUAAGUUAAGUCAUAUUAACAAAUCGUAGGUCAGUUAUCGCAACACACAACCAAGUACCAGAUGCCAGAAUAUGUGAAGAAGGUUCGAAUGGAAUAUGAGGAGAAAUUGAGAACCAUAUCAUUUCAAUAGAAAUACGACGAUUCCAGCAACAAAUAUAAGCAAUAUCAAAUCAAGAAUAAGAAGUCCUCAUCUAGAGCUGUCUCCACUUAUAAUCAAUCCCUUUUGCCUCAAGAUCGACUAUUCUCCUCUCCCAAAUUGUCCAAUCACACUCAAUCCAAAAGGACCAGUCUCUAUCAAUUGGACAAUCAUCUGGAUUAAUAUAAAGAACAAUUGCAAACUACAGAGUUGAAGAAGGAUUCGAUUGAUGAACUAUUGUUAUCCAGACCCAUGAUCAAGUCUGAAUAUGUGUUACAUAGAAAGAAAAACGAUAAUAAACAAAAUGAUUCAGCCCAGCCUAUUAAAAAUACGAGUAAAAAGAAAUUCAAAUCGAAUAGAUUGAUACCUCGUAUUCUCAAUAAAUAAAGCACUCAACACAUCCAUAUUAAAUCUGACUCGUAAUAGAGUGAAUAAAAAAUACAUAAGUUAUAAACCAUAUAAGACUAAAACUUCUAAUUGUAAAAUGAGGAUCAGCAUGACCCUACUACCGAAUCUGUUCUAUUCUAAUAGUAACAAUAAUAGUAACAAAUUAUUUAAGUUCCUUUUAUCUAGAAAGUUUAAACUGAAGUGUCAGAAAAAAACGAAAAUCUAUUCGCAGAUUUACUCAAUAAAUACACAAUGGAAUAACUCAACUUGGCAGCUUCUAUCAUUUAAUCCUGCUAUAGGAAAUACACUAAAACUAUCAAGUAGGUUCAAUCACUCCAAACUAUUGAAUUGACUCCCAUCAAUCUGCAGAAACCAAUCAUUGUCACUUAAAUAAGCGAAAAGGUUGAAAGCCAAUAGACGGGUCGCAAUUUAAUGAAGGUCUCUAUGAAAGACAUGAAAAGUUCGUUCAGAAGAAGAAACUUCGGAUUCGAUUCUAUAGUUAGGGAAAUCAAGAAUACUGAUUCCGAUUAAAGUACCUCUAAUAAAGCUAAAACUUUAUUCUAAAUCAUCAAGGAAUUUUACAAUCUCCCUGAAUAGGAAUUGUACUUCCUAUCAAAGUUAUUCUUUGAUUCUGAAAUCAAGAUUUGGAAACUCUCCAAUAUCUGCGUUAGGGCCUAUAGUGAUGCUAAUUCUUAGGUUCAAGACACUGAGGAGCAAGAGCAAAUACAGAACGAUUUUACUCCUGGCGAAAUUUGUAUUUAUUUUAUAAUGAAUCUUAAUUAGAAAACUAAUUGCAAUACAUCAUGA